AUGCUCACGAGGCGAUUCUGCAUCGGAGGGUUGGUUUGCUUAGCCGCUGCACUAUCCAGCGUCGCGGACGAGCCGGGUAGAGAACUCCAAGCGGGGAAUCUGUGCCGCGAGGAGUCAGCAUCGUGCCUUGCGCUGGACGAUCUUUCGGGUAUCCCCUCGCCCGACAACGACGAGUUACCACGAACAGGUUCCACUGGACGGUGGGCUGAACGAAGGAGCAACAAACGAAAACGACAAGUUGGGUUCUCCCACGAAGAUGUCGCUGGAGACGAGUCUCUUCAACCCUUUUUGCAGGCGUUCAAGGAUUCGUUGUCAGGAACAAGGAAAGACGUUGCGAGUCAGGUCGAACAAGAGGACUCUGUACCUGCCACGAACCCAACGGUAUCAUCAGUGGAAGGAGACGAGGUCACGACUACUGUGAUAUCGAGACGUGCUCUCGCAGGCACCGAACAAGCCGAAGAUCCGACGUUUUUCCCCGACGGCGGCACUUACCACGAACCGAUUGCGGUGUCCUUGGUGUCCGAUGACAGCGCCGUUGUGUACUACACAACCGAUGGAACGGUGCCCGACGGGACCUCAACGUUUGUGACUUCCAGCGAGCUCAUCGUUCUGGAAGAAUCAGUUACGAUCCGAGCCAUAGCGGCCUUUCAGGGAGAAGAUUUCGAUGCUCGUUCGUCGGCAGAAGUGGAAGCGAGCUUCGUCGUGUACGUCGCAGGCAAGUGCGGGCACGCCUACUUCGUACCGCAUUUCACGAGCUCCGGUUACUCCGGGAACGUGGUGGAAGUUGAGCUCCAGACCGACAGACUGGGAAGCGUUCGUCUCCACGGGGUGGUGACGGACUUCGCCGACUUUUACUCUGAUGGCGGAGUUGGGCCUUACACCGGACAGGUGAUAAGCAGCGACCUUACGGCCGAGGGGGAUAGCGGGCUGGCCGGUUACUGGGGGGGCUUCAGCGGAGACGUGGACGGAGAAAUGUUUGGGUUUCUGAGCCCCCUCUUCGACGGAGAAGAUUUCCACGGCAAGGCUGUACAGAUUCGCCUCGACGGCUUCGGAGGGACAAACACUACGCGUUUCUGUGGCUCGUCGGAAGGAGUUCUAGAGUCCAAUGCCACCUGCACGUACAAUGUGGUUGAUCUGGAAGACGUUGAUCCUGACCUGCGAGGGUUCAGCGGAGGGUUCCUGCACGCUUCAAAGGCGUACUUCGUCCCUUCUUACAACGGCCGGGGGGCGGGGGCGAAAUUUGUGCGGGUUGAUGCCAGCAACUUCUCGAGCAACAGCGUCGAGGUGCUCGACCUCCACACGGUGGACCCCGAGGUGGGGGGUUUCUUCGGGGGCUUCGCGUGGGAAGGGUACGGGUACCUCGUCCCGUGCAGGUCGUUCCAGGGCCCCGUCGGCGGAGUGAACACGAACCUUAGUGCAGACGGUUUCGCGUGGUCCUCGUCGUUUCUCGGAUCCGACUCGACCGGGAGGGGGAGUGGUCAAAAGGCAGGCAGGCUGCAGCCGGCCUACUCGGGCAAGCUGGUUCGGGUGGACCUGUCCGACUUCUCGUCUUCAGGGGUGCAGGUGUUGGACCUGACCGAGGUCGACCCUGAUCUUCGGGGAUUCACAGGGGGCUUCGCCGCGGGGCACUGGGGUUUCUUGGUGCCGUUCAAGAACAAGGAGGCAGAUGGAGAGUUCUCGGGCAAGAUGGUCCGCUUCGACCUGCGCACCUUCGACCACGCCAGCGUAACGGUACGCGAUCCUCUCGCCGUACGCCAACGGAAACACGACGGGAAACUACCGCGGCAGGUCGCAGUUUAG